AAGUAAAAAACAAAAGCUUUUAUUUAAUUUUUGUUUACAAGGUGAAAAUACACAUAGGAACUGCGAAAACCCUUCUCCAACUCUCUAUCGAUUGUAAACAUGGCGAAGAAGAAGCAGCGGCUGACAACAGAUGCAGAGGCGGAAGCAGAAGUAAACAGUGAUGAUUCUCACCCUAAGAAGAAGAAGCUUAAGAAGAAUAAGAAGAAGACAAACGAUAUACCCACUGUCAGCAUAGCCGUCCCUGCUUCCAUCAUUGACAACGUUCAAACCCUCGAAAUCGCUACUCGGUUGGCUGGUCAAAUUGCUCGCGCCGCAACUAUUUUUCGAAUCAACGAGGUGGUUGUGUUUGACAAUAGACGUAAUGCAGAUAAAGAUAAUACCGUGGCGGAUAAUUCAGUUGAAGAAAGUAGUUCAGAUUUUCUCAUGCGAAUAUUGCAGUAUCUUGAGACGCCUCAGUAUUUGAGGAGGGCUCUCUUUCCAAAGCAUAACAGCCUAAGAUUAGCGGGGAUGUUGCCACCCCUUGAUGCUCCACACCAUUUGCGCAAACACGAGUGGGGUCCGUAUCGGGAAGGUGUCACAAUAAAAGAAAGGCAUUCAAACUCUGGGGCAACACUAGUUGAUGUUGGCUUAUUUAAGCAUGUUGUGGUUGAUCAAAUACUUGAACCUGGAAAAAGAGUUACUGUGGCCAUGGGUGCAAACCGUAAUUUGGACUCUGAUUUACCACGUGAGGUUGUCUCAUCAUCCACGCCUAGGGAGGAUGGAGCAUAUUGGGGAUAUCAAGUGCGUUAUGCUCACAAUAUUAGCUCAGUAUUUAAUGACUGUACAUACAAGGGUGGCUAUGAUUAUGUUAUUGGUACCUCUGAGCAUGGUCAGAUUAUUAAGUCAUCAGAUCUUGAAAUACCUUCCUUCAGACAUUUAUUGAUCACCUUUGGUGGAUUGGCUGGGUUGGAAGAGAGUAUCGAGGAAGAUGAUAACUAUAAGGGAAAAAAUGCACAGGAAGUAUUCAAUAUAUAUUUAAAUACAUGUCCUCAUCAGGGGAGCCGAACAAUUCGAACAGAGGAGGCUAUUCUGAUAUCUCUUCAGUACUUCCAGGAACCAAUAAACCGAGCAUUGCUGGCUUAAGUAUUGUUGUCUUAAAAGUUAUGUAGUUCAGUCAUUGAUUCCCCAAAUUAUGACAGCAACUGAAACAGGGGCAAUUUUUCAAAACCAAAAUUUGAAAUUGCCCAUCUAACCUCCACCCUGAACUGGCCAUGAUGUUAUGGGAUUCUUCUUGAAGACUCUUCUGGAUGUUGUAACACUCUCUGGUUUACCUUGCUUGUAACUUGUAAGACUCGCAAACAGUGUUCCAUUUAUAGAUGUAAUUCAGAAAUAUAAUUGUUAGUCAUAAUUUGGUCCAUCAGGAUGGAGUAAACUCUAAUUUAGUCUCCAGCUUUUUUCAUUAGUUCUCACACCAAAGAAUAACUGAUGAAAAGGGGAAUAUUUUUGUAGUUCAAGAAUUGAGAGUUUUACAGUUAUUUUUGAAGCGCAGUUGCAAAA